AUGAAUUCGUUGAAAGCUUGGAGCUUCCAGCUUGUUAAGCAGUGGGCGGUCAAAGGGUGGAGAAUUCGUUAUACUAUCAAGCGAGAUCGCGAGAGAAUCGGCGGAUCGUUAAAUACGACUAGACUGCGACAUUGCCCAUGGACGGGCUGGUGGGCAUUGCCCACGGGCCAUGUAAAUGAGAAGACUACAGAUGAUCGCGAUGCUGCAGAACAUCAGACCCAUGAUUCACCAACUCCUGACUCUGAAUGA